AUGCUGGCGUUCAGAGGACACAAGAAACAGAAAGUUCCAGAGCCGACAGGUAAAGAUGCUGUCAACUUUCGCAAGUUAUUGUUCCUCCCAAUAAACGAAACGGAAAAUCUGCUCUCGCAUGACGCAUGGGAGCGACUAGAUCUCCGUUGGUUAGAACUUAUGAAGAGAAAGAUGUUGCAAGCUUCAUGUGUUGCUCGAGGAUUGCCAAGUAAUGGCAACAAAUCUACAUUAAUUCAACGUCUUGCAGCUUCAUUAAGUGAGCAGCGAGAAGCAGAAAAUCGACAACAACAAGAAGAGGAAGAGGAUUAUGAGCGUCAAUUGGACAUGCUGGGUGGUGUAUGGUCGUUCGGAUCAGGCUUUGCUGGACAGCUCGGUCACGGGAAUCUAGAAUCAUCAACCCAUCCGAAACUUGUUAAAGACCUUCGAGGAUGUCGCAUUGCUCACGUUUACGCAGGCUUUGACUCGGACGUCGCCUUUGCUUUGAGUCGGACUGGAGACAUUUACGUCUGGGGGAAACGUUCGGGUCCUACUGGUCUUCCAUCUGUAGUAUUUUGUUCUGAACAUGCAGAUAACACUCACAAGAGUGAGAGUGAUAUAGACCUCAGCGAGAAUGAGCAAAAUGAUGAAGAGGAUUCCAAGAAGCUCACUGAUACAAUUAUUCAACCAGAUCAAGCACUUUUCGAACGAUGUGAAGACGAGCGAAAUGAAAGCAUUAAAUUGGAGAAUUGUACAAAGGAUAGAGUGGAAGAUAUUGUGCUUCCUGUAAAAUUAUCGACGCUUUGUGGCGAAGGUGUGAAGCAUAUUGCUGUCGGUCGAGUGCAUUGUUGUGCCGUGACAAAAGACGGAGACGUGUAUACAUGGGGACAGAAUGAUCACUGUCAACUAGGAGCUGAACCUAUUCAUAAUGUUUCGGAGGUGCUACUUAGAAAAGCACGACAUGGGAAUGAUUGUGUGGAGCCGCAAUUAUGGGAAAGCACCGUAUUGGAAACGUGUGUCAUUUCUAUUGUUGCUGUGGGUACGAAUCAUACAUUUGCGGUCACAGACAAAGGUGAAAUGAUGGCAUUUGGGGCCACAUACAAUACAAGAGAGCACUGUACUUUUGCUCGCAAUAUUGCAAAACUUCGAGUCUCCCAGAUCACUUGUGGCGCCUUACAUGCUGGCUUGGUAACUGAUGAAGGACAAGCAUAUACAUGGGGAAGUGGUGAUGGUGGCCGUCUUGGACAUGGAGAUAACAUGUCUUUUGUCCAUCCAAAGCUGGUCGAUGCAUUAAAGACUGAUAUUAUUGUGGAGCUAGCAUGUGCGUGCUGGCACACGGUGGCAAUUGUGUUGAUUCCACCAUUGUUGAAAGGCGGCAUGGUUUACACUUGGGGAAGUGGUCGGCUUGGACAGCUUGCGCAAGGAGGAAAACAAAUGUCGGCUCUUCCAGGUCUUGUAACGGACUUGCUUACCACGCAUGCACUGAUUAGAAAAGUGUGCGCGGGUAUGUACCAUAACGUGGCGCUAUCUGUCGAUGAUGAGGUAUUUACAUGGGGAAGUAACUUGAAUGGGUGUCUUGGAAGACCCAACGAAUUGAAAGAUUUAGAGGAGACGUUUUGUGCUGUUCCCGGUCGUGUGGAAGGCAUGGACAAUUUUAUUGGUCGACCAUGCUCUAUUGCUGCAGGUCGCGAAUUCACAUUGAUUGCCACUAAACCAUACAUUGGUCCAAGCCAAGAGGAAAUUCAGCGACAAAAAGAAGAAGAACAACAGCACAUUCAAAGCAUCAAACGCCAAAUGAAAGUCGUCGAUGACGAGAAGCGUGACCAAUUACAAAGAAUUCAGCAAUGUAAACAUGAAGUUAUUCUGGCAAAUUUAAAUGCAAAUUACCCGAGAUGCACAAUUUGCACCACAAGUCUCAUCUGUCCUGGUUUUCAGCCAAAUCCGGAUAAUCCGACCUUAUGCAAACAUUGCAUACACGACCAGCAUAAACAUCACGGGCAACUGCAAGCAAGUGACAGUCAUGUGACUUUACCAUUUCUAACACAAUCUGUGGAAAAAUUAGGCAUCCAAAUUGACUUUAGUCAUAUCGCAGAUAUUGGAUUGGAGGACGAGCUCGAAGCAUUGCUCGAUGAAAAGGAUUAG